GAUUAAACAGAAUGAACAUCUGACAGGAUUAGCAGAUCGGAGGACUUUAAAAAGGGACAGUUGCACAGAGAGAGGAAUCCCACAAGCGAGAAACAAGCGAGGCUCAUCAGACAGCAUCAGAAAAACUCUUUGGGACUUCAACAAAAGUAACUAAUCAAAAUGUCAGACGUAGCCGUUGCAGCUCCCGCCGACAAGAAAGCACCUCCCAAAUUCAAGCAGAGGGCCAUGCGCACCUUCAAGAGCAAGGCGCCCAAACCAGGCCAGAAGGGAUUUGGAGACGACAUCCCCGGCAUGGAGGGUCUUGGCACAGACAUCACAGUGAUUUGCCCAUGGGAAGCCUUUGGCGACAUGGAGCUCAGCGACCUGGCAAAAUACGGAAUUGUUUAGGCCUCUUUCCUCUGCCUUCUUCCCUGUUGCAACUAUUGUCCCUCAUGUAUUACAACUGUUGACGUAACAGCUGAAAAUGUUGUACUUGUGUGCUCUAGGGAUGAGGCAGCUUUUGAUGAUUUAGAGGUUUGACCUGGAAAAUAAAAUCCAGCACUCUCUCUCGUCUCAUGCACUUUAUUUGACCCCUUGAUCAUCCUUUUCUACUUUUCCCCACCCCUGCCUUCUUUUUCCCCUGAAACUCUCUUUUCCAAUUCUUGCCUCUCGUAAUGAGAGGUGAGUUGUACUUUCCACAGAGGAAAACAGAAAUCAAAUAUUUUGAAAAUAUGAAAGACGGUUUGAUAUCUGUUAUUGUUUUACUCUCCUCUUUUUCCACCUCUUUUCCUCAAAGCUGCUGAUUCGACUUGCACAGAUGUUUAUUUUGUGUGUUAGCUAAAUGAAAAAAUAUUUUUAUGAAUACAUCUAUAAUUCACUUCACUCUUCAGUAAAAAAGAUCAACUCUGUCUAUUUUGUCAGUAGAGAGGAACAAUUCCAAAAACACAAUAAAUGUUCGUAUUUUCCAUAGA